GACAGCGGCCAGUUCCUCCCAAACACUACGUUACGAUUCUAGUGGUGAAAGACAUUGCAAACAACCAAAACCAAACACAGACCUGUUUAAUCAAUCAUCAAAAUGUUGGCACUCAUUAACCGCCUCUUGGACUGGUUUAAGUCUCUAUUCUGGAAGGAAGAAAUGGAGUUAACCCUCGUCGGGCUGCAGUAUUCGGGGAAAACGACGUUUGUUAACGUAAUCGCGUCAGGCCAGUUCAGCGAAGACAUGAUUCCAACGGUCGGGUUCAACAUGAGGAAGGUCACAAAAGGCAACGUCACCAUCAAGAUCUGGGAUAUAGGAGGUCAGCCGAGGUUCAGGAGCAUGUGGGAGCGAUACUGUCGUGGAGUGAAUGCAGUAGUGUACAUGGUGGAUGCAGCAGACCUGGAGAAGGUUGAAGCUUCCAGAAACGAGCUGCACAAUCUUUUAGACAAGUCACAGUUACAAGGAAUCCCCGUGUUGGUGCUUGGGAAUAAGAGAGAUCUACCUAAUGCAUUGGAUGAGAAACAGCUAAUUGAAAAAAUGAACUUGUCUGCUAUUCAAGACCGGGAGAUCUGCUGCUACUCUAUUUCCUGCAAAGAGAAAGAUAACAUUGACAUUACACUUCAAUGGCUAAUCCAGCACUCAAAGUCAAGAAGAAGCUGAAAGUGUCUUCAGAGGGCCCACGUUUAUCCGCUGCCAUGUUACUCUCACACCACAUCCUGCUCACUUUGUGAAACUGUACAGUUCUCCGUACUACCCCCCUCACACUACCCUGCUUGUCUGUUCCCAUAAUUCUUCACAAGCUCCUUU